AAGUGACUUUAACUCCAAGAUUUUAGACGGAUUCGCUUACAAUUCAAUAUUUUGGCAAACGUGGCACAGUUGAUACCACUUCGUUGGUCUAACAGCAUGUCGAACAUGUUCCUGACGUUUGGCAUUUUCCUUGCGCUUUCUAGCUAUAGUUGCGUCAACGGUUUGACAUGCCUUCAGUGCACCGAUAUCGAACUUCCUCGCCACUGCAAGCACGUGCGGGAUUGUCCAUCCGGGCAGGUUUGUUUCAUUCAUCAGACAACAGACAAAUAUGGAGACGUGAGCUUUGACCUUGGUUGCACGGAGCAAUCGACUUGUUCGAAUCGUUCCCAAGGUAACACGUGUAACGAGUGCUGCAGCACCAACAUUUGUAACGCAGCCGGAUGUGGUCAACCCGGCUAUCCGUCUAGUCGCGGCCCAAUAUGCUACAGUUGUUCCGCACAGGCUACCGCAGGUUCAUGUCACAAAAUAGACUUCUGUGACAGCAAAGAGGUGUGCAUGCUAAGUGAGCAGCAAGAGUUUGGUGACACGGUGUACACAUCGCAAUGUGCAGUGUCGACGCAUUGCGAAAACGUCAGGUUAGAUAGUGCACCAGUAGUAGGAAGGUCAGUUUUGGAGGACACCAGAUCUCUUACGGAAACCACGUGUCACACAUGUUGCCAUGGAGAUCUGUGCAACGCAAAUUGCAGCUCUAGUGCACAACCUCGUUUGAAAAAAGAUUGCAAGGAUCUGCUCAGCACCAACCAUGUCAGUGGGGUGUACACAAUACAGAUAGAAGGAAGCCAGGAGACAAUAGACGUUUACUGCGAUAUGACAACGGAUGGCGGGGGAUGGACGGUUUUUCAGCGGCGUGUCAACGGAUCGGUGGAUUUCCUCCAAAACUUUGCGUCAUAUGAAAAUGGCUUCGGAGACGUCCACGGAGAAUUCUGGAUGGGUUUAAAGUACAUACAUGGAUUGACCAAAACCGCACCAACUGAACUGCGUAUCGACUUGGUGGCGGCUGACGGAUCUACGGCGUAUGAGGUGUUCCCCAACUUCCUGUUGUCAGGAUCUCCCUACUACGCUUUGCAUGUCGGCAAGGGGAACGGGACAGCGGGUGACGAUAAAGGAUUCUCCUUUACCAAUGGCCAUGUGUUUUCCACCUUGGAUCAUGAGAAAAGUGUCCACUGCAGUUCCCUUUAUGAUGCAGGAUGGUGGUAUGGCACCUGUUGCUGGGCUUAUUUGAAUGGCAAAUAUUACACACCCGGAACCUUAGCCACCGGGAAAAGUGUAGGGAUGUUCUAUCAUGAUUUUAAAGGAUUUGAAAUGCUCAAAGAGACAAAAAUGAUGUUUAGAAGGGUUUGAUUUGUCACACCUGGAACCGCAGCCAACGAGAAAAGUUUAUGGGGCUUUUUAUUAUGAUAUUAGAGGAUUUGAAACGCUCAAAGAGACAAACAUGAUGCUAAAAAGAAUUUGAUUUGUAACACCUGGACCCGUUGUCACCGAUACAUGUUUAGGGGUUUUCUAUUAUGAUUUUAAAAGAUUUGAAAUGCUCAAACAAACAAAAAUGAUGUUUAGAAGGAUUUUAUUAAUGAACUUGAAGAAUAAAGCAACAUAAACAAAAACCUA